CAGCUUCAACAACCAGACGCAGGAUACCAUGAACGACGAGUCGGAGAAUUCCGUGGACAGGGACGCCGAUUGCUCGCAGUCCAAGCUGUGCCACCGCGGCCACUGGCGGCCCGCCGAGGACGAGAAGCUCAAGGAGCUCGUCCGGAUCCACGGGCCUCAGAACUGGAACGUGAUUGCCGAGAAGCUCGAGGGUCGAUCAGGAAAGAGCUGCCGGCUGCGAUGGUUCAACCAGCUGGAUCCCCGGAUCAACCGCAAGCCAUUCUCCGAGGAAGAGGAGGAGCGACUGCUCGCCGCGCACCAGCUUCACGGGAACAAGUGGGCGAUGAUCGCCAGGAUCUUCCCCGGGAGAACUGAUAACGCUGUCAAGAACCACUGGCACGUUGUCAUGGCCAGGAAGCUCCGCGAGAGGUCCCGGAUGCAAGGACGUAAGAAGAGCCAGGCUUCCUGGAGAACCAAGCGUCCCAGCAUCGGCCAGACGGUAGCCCAGUCCCUCACGGCGUGGAUCCAAAAGUACUCUCUUGUCAACGACGAUCGCUUGAAAUCGGCUUGCAACGCCGGCGGUGCCACCAAGUCGAUCAACAGCACCCUCUUCCAUCGAGCGGCGGACCGCCUGGACCUCAAUGCCGUGCCGCAGGAUCAUUUCGACGCGAGCGCUCGCAAACUCGGGAGCAAUGCGGCCACAAGAGCUUCUUCCGGGCCACCUCCUUCUCAGCCGACUCUUCUCCUCUCGCAAGCCUGUCCCUGGGGCCAUCCCACUUGCAGCCAAGACGCUCUCGCCGGAAAGAUCUACACUGGCCCUGCUCCAAUGCACCACCAUGGCCUCUUCCAUCUCGACGAUAUCAGCGCAAACGGAGUCACGUCUCUGGGCAGCGCUCUCAGCAGCCACCAAAGUCCGUCUCUAAGCAAAGUCGCCGCCACCUCCGCCACCACCACCACCACCGCCGCCACCGCCGUGAAUAAAAGGAGCCACCACCACCAUCUCGAUGCUGCCAGUUCCUGGUUGAUAGGCCACCACGAACAGUCUCUGGAGGAUAGCAAACGCAGCUCCUCCUCCGUCUCCGAUGUGUCCGAGUGCAUUCAUCCGUUUCCAGUGAAGCCAGCUCUUGGAUUGGAGUCGACCACCGCUGCUGCUCAGGAUGCCAGUUCUUUGCUUUUGACACCGUCGUCAAGCCCAGGUCCUGCUAUCAGCUGCGAUGCUGGAUCCGGAGGAUCGACGAGCAGACCUUUCAUAGAUUUCCUUGGGCUGGGAGCUUCAUAAGGUCAACCCGGAUUAUAAAUGAGCAGCGACCGAAGGGCCACGGUCGGAAGUGGUUUCCUUGUCAUUUGUAACAACAUAUAUAUAUAAAGAAUGUCAGUCAUCGAAA